AACACCAUCCAGCUCAAUCCAUCGGCGACAGUCAAUCGAGUUGGACGUGUUUUUCUCAGGUGUAAAAACUUGCAUCAGCGGUUUGUUUGCUUGCGCUUUUGCAAGUGUGUUGUGCAUCAGCCAUCAUCAGCAGGUUCAGUUUAGUGUGUGAUCAUCCGAAAACGAAAACGAAAAAAAAAACAGUCGUGUUUUGACGCGUGUGCGAGCCGUCGAAGGAGCGAGCGAAAAAGAAGUCCGGUGCGGUCGGUCUUCUUGUUGUAGUUGGUGGUGCUGUUUUUUUUUUGCACGGAGCCCGAAAAUCUGGUAUAGCGCUAUCCUUGUUGCGCACCCGCUUGGGAGAGCGGGUCAGCGGUCGGAAAAACGUGUGCGAGCGAGUGAAAUUACGCAGUAUUUUUCGGAGCAGUCAGUCAGCCAGCAGACGGACGGAGAUUCUCGAAUCGGACGGUUGAUCUUGUGAACGAGGAGUUUGUGAGUGCGUUGGAAAAAGUGGAAGUUUCCCGAAAUUUUGAAGCAGUGACAUUUUCCGGGUGAAAAGUGUGGAAAUUAAGCGCAAAUUGUGCAAAUCCGGUGUUUAGAAUAAGAAAAGAGUUCUGGAGCGAUUACGGCGGCAGGAUUAGUUGAAGGAGAGAGAGAGUGUGAUUACCGUGCGAAGUGGUGGAUUUGGCUGCUGGGGAAGUUCUGGAAGAACAAUAACUGACAGCCGGCCUUUGCUGAGGUUUCAAGGCCGGAGGACAUUUUGUUUCGAGCGUCGCGAUUGAUUCGAUGUUAUUGUAAGAAAAACAAUCCCUAUCCAGUGUUGGGAGUGGAAGUGAAAAAGAGCAGCUACGGUAAAAAUUAGGCAAUCGUCCGACUCAACGCGAAGGAAGCAGCAGAAGAAUCCGAAAAUAGCUUGAAAAGUGCGUUGCUUGUCGUGUGGUGAGGUAGUUGGGUGUCGGAGGAAUCUUCCCGCAGGAGAACAAACUUUUCGCGGAAGAAAGCACGAUGGAAAUCGAGAAGCCUCUGAACGGAGACCACGCGCUCCUGAACGGUGUCCCGGAGAAGGCCAACGGGCACCACAAUGAGGACUCGCUCAGCCCGGUCGGAAGUCCCAAGGGGGCCGGCGUCGCCGUCGUCGGAUCGCCCGGAAGCGAGGGCCUCAUGAAGAAGCCGCUUCCGAUCCUGGACGAGCGGCUGAAGAAGCGCGUCCGGAAGCUGUCCCGAUCGAACAGCAAGGACGGAGUGCUCGGAGUCGCCGGAACGCCCAACUUCGUUGCCCCACACAGGAAAUGGAAGAACAGCCGGCGAUCGCGCAACGGCUACGGCCGUGGACUGCCAAAGAAGGGAGGAGCCGGGGGCAAGGGCGUCUGGGGCAAGCCCGGCUCCGAGAUCUACCAGGAGGCGGACGAGGACGACCAGAACGAUCCGAACUUUGACCUGGACGCGUACAACAGCCACCACAACAUCGAACUGAAGGAGGUCGUUCCGGAAAUGACCGACGAGGAGUUCCAGAAGAAGGUCGAACCGAUCUUCCUGGAGUACUACGAACACGGCGACACCCACGAGGUGGCCGAAAGUCUGGACGAGUUCAUGACGGCCGAACGUCGGCCGCUGCUGUCCAAGAUCGCCGUCGAGAUGGCGUUCGAGCACAAGCAGAGCCAGCGGGAGAUGACCUCGGUGCUCAUCUCGGACCUGUACGGGCGGACCGUCACCAGCAAAGAUAUUUGCGCCGGAUUCGACAUGUUGCUGGCCAACAUGCCGGACCUGAUCCUGGACACCCCGGAGGCGCCGCUCAUCCUCGGCAACUUCAUUGCCCGUGCCGUCGCGGACGAUUGCGUCCCACCCAAAUACGCUUACGACAUCGAGCGGGAGGACGUGUGCCCGCAGGCCCGGGAAGCCCUGAUCCGGGCCUGUUCGCUCCUGUCGCAACACCAGGGCUGGGGCCAUCUGGACGACGUCUGGGGCGUCGGAGGCGCGCUCCGACCCGUCCAGACCCUGACCCGGCAGAUGGCCAUCCUGCUGAAGGAGUACCUGUUGUCGCGUGAUCUCGAGGAAGCGCACCGCUCGAUCAAGGAACUCGAGGUGGUGCACUUCCACCACGAGCUGAUUUACGAGGCCAUCGUAAUGACGCUGGAGGCGCUGAACGAGCAAACCGAGGAGGCCAUCUGCGCCCUCUUCAAAUCGCUGGACGAAACCUGCAUCGUCAGCCCGGACCAGAUGGAGCAAGGCUUCCGCCGGGUGUACGAGGACAUGACCGACAUCGUGCUGGACAUUCCGCUCGCGUACUCGAUCCUGGAUCGGUUCGUGCAGCGCUGCCAGCGGGCCGGGUUCCUCAGCGAUGCCCUGAUCAAGGAUUUGCCCUCGAGAGGCCGCAAACGGUUCGUCUCCGAGGGUGACGGUGGCCGCAUCAAGCCAGUCAACCUGCUUGCCCGUGACUUUUAAGAAGCGAGUGGUGCCACCCUUUGAAGUAGCGCCAUCUGCAUUGUGUGGGGGGUCCAUGUCGCAGCCGUGUGAGCGAGCGUAUCUGGAUUUUGAGAGAGACAAUCGCUCGCGCCGCUCGCUGGCGCCCCCUUGUUUUUUUUUUGGGUUUCGCUAAGAUGAAAGAGAAUAAACAAAGGCAGCAAUGUUCUAUUUUGUUUGCGCGUGAGGUGGGAGCGGGGAGUACGCAGUGGAAAAGUUAUUGAAAGUUGCUAGCAUUGCCGCCAAACAGAGUCAGAGAAGAAGCAGAAUUGCAGUUUUUCGCAGGAGAAUGAAAGUCAAACGCUAAUCUACUGUUAAUCUACACAAACCAUCUACAUCUCUACAUAUAAGGAUAAACAUUUCACAGCCGAGCGCAUCCUACCUAACUGUAUUUUGAUAUAAACAACGCGUCAGAGAGCAGACCGAGUGAGAUUUGAAGCAACACUCAAACCAUCUACCUGUCGAGAGUUAGAAAGAGCGUCACAGCCCUGGCAGAUUCAGCCGCGGAUGUUCGCUCCUUUUUGCUUUUGUCUAGCAGUUAAGGCACGGUCACACUUUAUAACGUGCGACCGACAACAUCAUCUACCCCAUCAGAGGAGGAGCUGAAAACAAUUCAAGGAACUCGCGAGGAUCAGCCAAGAGCACUGCUGCAGGAAACGAACGUAAAGGGGGAAGUGGAAGAAGAUGAACAUGAAAUCGAGGAAAAACGUAGCAGAUUUAAGCAAAGCAAAAAAGCAAGGUAAAUUUAUUGUAAAAUUAAGCAUACAUUUAAAACUCAUACAAAACAAACUUAUAAUAUGCAAACAACAAACAAAAAUAUUCAAACCAACAUAUAACAAAAAUUAACGAUUAAUCGGAUGAGAUAAAUGCACAGUUAUUCACUUGAUGAUUCUUACUUUAACAUAAACUAUAUUUUCUCUUUGUUCGGAAUAAAUGUGUCACCAAAAACUAAAAAAAACUAAAGUUCUAAUAUAAAUUUAUCAUCAUAGUAGGCUAUCUCGCAGCUUCAGACAAAGUAGGCGAAAUUCACACCACUUAACAACAUUUUAGAGCAUUUUUGGACACACUCACCGGAGGCAUUUGUCUGUUUGCUGCCACUCUUUUUUAGGAAUACUUGAAUUUGGAUUCAUAAAGUUAGAAAACCAACAUUUAACACCCUUUUUUAGCUGGUAGGAUUCCACCACCCCGCGAAAAUUUGUUUCAGUGUAGAGCGAGUUGCGUAUUUUGGCUAGUUCCCAACUUCUUGAUCAUAGUUUGUUACUCUCACUAGGCGUGUCGGUCCUUGGACUUUUUGAAACAGCUUUGUUUGAAUUCUUUCUAUAAUGGAGAUUAGACGAAAAAUUGAGGUCAUUGAAUUCGGAAUAAAAGUACACAUAAAACACACAUGGAAAAAUGCUACCUGAACUUUUAUUUGUUUGUUCGAUUGAUUAGAGAACGGUGUAGGUUGGAAACUGAGACAAAACGACGCGACGGUUUGCAAAUACGCAGAAUGAUCUGCGCCGGAAAUUUAACUUUCCAUCCCCAUUAAGGAUUGUUCGGUUUGUCUUGGUUUCGCCCUUUUGGUCCCACACUACAACUACAACUAGAGCUGUUAGUGUCAGUCUUUUGGAACCUGGAAACUGUCCCUCCCCCCUGUCUGGCAAAACAAAAAUAGAAGAACCAGUGAUUGAGGUAUGAGCAAUCGAAAGAGAAAGCGGGAUUUUGUGAGCACAGAAGCAGGAAGAUAACUAGAUAGAAGAGAGGAAGAGCCAGAAAGGACGACGGACGGAAGACGAAGUGAAGGGAAACGAUGAUUGUAAGUGUUAAUUCUUUGAAACUUGAGAGAAGGAAACAACAAAACAAAUGCAUAUUAAAAAAAAAAAACAUUUAGAAUUACCUAUACUGUAUCGUACUGAGAGUAAAUCUGAAAACAAAGAAAUCAGUGACAUAAAUAAAACUAUGGUGGGUCCCUAUGAUAUAGGGGUACCCCGGAAUGGAGCAAAAGCAUUCGUGCUGAAAAGAAAA